AUGGUUUACAGCAUUUCGUCAGCUCUCGGACAAUUAGUGGGUUUCCAUAAAGUUGCUGGCAGUGAAUACGAAGGAGGUGGAGAACCAGAUUUGAAAUUGUUUUGGCGAAGAUUUCCGGAUCGUAGACUUCUCAACGAGUUACUGGCCAAUGGCGCCGGUCCCAGCGGACCUCGUCUGCUCGGUUGGGGUUCAUUUGGCCGAAAUCCAUCACUUCUUGGUGGAGGAACAUUUGGUCUGUACGGUUCGUAA